AUGACUGGUUAUGUGAUCGGUCUCAACCUUGGUUCUGGCGGGCUUCAAUGCAAUAUCCAUUUCAAUAACAGCUUAUUCUCUCUUGGCCAUCUCAAGAGGCUAGACCUCUCUAGAAUUGAUUUCAGAGGUUCCUCAAUUUCGUCCAAAUUUGGUGGCUUUGUAAGUAUGACUCACCUUGACCUCUCUGACUCCAAUUUCAGUGGCCUAAUCCCUUCCGAAAUUUCCAACCUUUCUAGUUUCACUCAAUCUCUCCCUAGCUGA